CUCGGAUCCCAGCUCCAGCUCUGCCCGGCCCUCCCUGCGGGCCCUGGGGCGAAACGCCUAGCUCCUUCGGCCUCGGUUUUCUAGCAGAAACGUGAUGGGGGCUGGACUUUGAUCUUCAGAUUCUGUUUGAGACGAGAAAAAAUCAAAAUUACAAGGGGCAUGGACUGCCAAAGGGAAGAGAGCGAGAGCAGAGAGCAUCAAUCCGGUUCAAGACCACUCCUAUGAAUACCCUCAUGGAUGUCCUUCACCACAGGCCAGGAUGGGUGGAAGUAAAGGAGGACAUUUCUGUAGUUUUCACUCUGGCCUCACAAAGUACAUGAUGGGCAGCGACAGCCCGAGGCCACCUCCUUGAGACUUACCUGAUGGGCACACCGCUGCUUACCCCUCAGCUGCACCUCCCUGGGCCCCAGAUCUCCAGCAGUGUUGAGGUCCUCAGGUCCUGACUUUUGUCCCACCCCCACCCCCAGUGAAGGGGAGUGGGAUUUCUACUGGUGCGAUGUUAGCUGGCUCCGGGAGAAUUUCGACCACACCUACAUGGAUGAGCACGUGCGGAUCAGUCACUUCCGAAACCACUACGAGCUGACCCGCAAGAACUACAUGGUGAAGAACCUGAAGCGCUUCCGGAAACAGCUGGAGCGCGAGGCGGGAAAGCUGGAGGCAGCCAAGUGCGACUUCUUCCCCAAAACCUUUGAGAUGCCCUGCGAGUACCGUCUGUUUGUGGAGGAGUUUCGCAAAAACCCAGGAAUCACCUGGAUCAUGAAGCCUGUAGCCCGGUCGCAGGGGAAGGGCAUCUUCCUCUUCCGGAGGCUGAAGGACAUCAUGGACUGGAAGAAGGCCACAAGAAGUUCUGAUGACCAGAAAGAUGAUAUUCCCGUGGAGAACUAUGUAGCUCAGCAUUACAUCGAAAAUCCCUACCUGAUAGGAGGCCGCAAGUUUGACCUGCGUGUCUACGUGCUGGUGAUGUCGUACAUGCCGCUGCGAGCCUGGCUGUACCGGGACGGCUUCGCCCGAUUCUCCAACACCCGCUUCACACUGAACAGCAUUGAUGACCAGUACGUCCACCUCACCAAUGUCGCCGUGCAAAAGACGUCUCCUGACUACCACCCAAAGAAGGGCUGCAAGUGGAUGCUGCAGCGCUUCCGGCAGUAUCUGGCAUCCAAGCAUGGGCCCACGGCAGUGGAGACGCUCUUCAGUGACAUGGACAACAUCUUCAUCAGAAGCCUGCAGAGCGUGCAGAAGGUGAUCAUCAGCGACAAGCACUGCUUCGAGCUGUAUGGCUAUGACAUCCUCAUAGACCAGGACCUCAAGCCGUGGCUCCUGGAGGUCAAUGCAUCCCCAUCACUGACAGCCAGCAGCCAGGAGGACUAUGAGCUCAAGACCUGCCUCCUGGAAGACACCUUGCACAUCGUGGACAUGGAGGCCAGACUCACGGGAAGGGAGAAGCGAGUGGGAGGCUUCGACCUCAUGUGGAACGAUGGCCCUGUCAGCAGAGAAGACGGGGCUCAUGACCUGUCGGGGCUGGGGAACUUUGUGACCAACACGCACCUUGGCUGCGUCAAUGAUCGGAAAAAACAGCUGAGGCAGCUGUUCCGCUCCCUUCAAGGCCAGAAGAAAACUCCCAACUAAUCCCCAGCACAGAGGAGAGCGACCAGGGGAGGUGCCACACCAGUUCUCUCCCUGCUCCCAGUUUCCAGCACAGCAGCACCUCAGAGAACUCACCUCCCUCCCUCCCCCUCCCUCCGGCCUGGCAGCUGCUUUGCUA